AAGAGCAACGGUUCGGUGUCUCUCUCACUCGUCUCUUCCGUUUCGAUCUCUGAGACUUUUGUAGCGAAAAAAAUGGAGAAAAAGGAAGAAGAUGACACGCCACUCGUAGGGAUAUUCUGUCUGAAAACAAGACAAGACAUGAAAAGGUUCGAAGAAACAGAGGAUUGCUUUAUCCUCGAUUUCGAUCCUUUUGAUUCGUUCGACGUUAAAAAACUCACCUUUACCGAUGAUGUUCGUGAAGAUUAUCCACAUCCAAGACAUUUCUGUUUGAAUUUUCCAUUUGGAUCAACUCCUAAUUCAAGCCACUGUGAUUUGUGUUACUGUUACGUGUGUGAUAAGCCUGCUCCUUGUGCAGAGUGGACUAUAUCGACUUCACAUUGCAAUGCGUAUGACUCUGCUUUGUGGAAUUUGUGUAGGACAUAGUGAAAUCUGGCUACUUCUACGGAUUAGAGAUCUUUCUUAUGACUUCAUCAGUUAAGUAGUUUCUUCAUCUCUGGCUAGACUAAUAGAUUGAUUUAGGUUUUAGAGAAGUAAUGUGACGUAAUGACAUUUCCUUAGUAUGAACUUGUUUAUUAUGCAUUGAAGUUUCAUUUGCAAAUUUCUUGAAAAGUAAUGGAGAAUGUUGCUUCUAGGUUACUACUUUUAAACUCUUAGGUUUUUCGCUAUCGAUAGUUCACGGAGGAAGUAAGAGCACGGUUUUUGGGUCAUCUGAAUUGUUCUUUCCUAUUAAUCUUUUUUGACAUUUUUUGAUCCAGUUUGAGCAUUUAGAUUCAACCAUAGCUCAAAGAAUGUCUAAGGGGUUCAAUGCAUAAAAGGCUUGAUGGUGAUUUUAAGAUCAUGAGAAAAUUUGCAAUUAAAGAGGCUCUUGAAGAACAAACAACUUUUAGUACCUAAAUAUGAUAUAGCUUCCAUAACUUCAAAUGUUUAAAUCCCUAAGCGAUUGAAAACAGAGAGACUUGGAAAAUGUUCUAAUAUGGGCCUGUAAUUUUGGUUGGGACUUGUUUUUGUAGAACGUUGACUAUUGACUUUAUAGAUACUUUCUACUUCCUAUCAAUAAUGCUGAUGAUGUUCACAAUUCCAAUAGCUAUACCGGUCAUUUGGCU